AUGUUUGUUAAUAUCUUAUCUCUCAAAAUUCUUGCAUUAAACAUUCUAAAAAAUUCAUUCUCAAAAAAGAUUGCGGAAGACGUGAAUGUUCCGGAACUAGAUCCAUGCUCAUCAUGCAAUCAAGAACUUUUUUUGUAUGAAAUAAAAAAUCUAAUUACUAUACUCAUUUGUGAACAUAUUUAUCAUCACAAUUGCAUCGAAAAAUUCAUCAAAAAAUGCUCAAUAUGUCCAAGAUCUGAUUGCAAGAAAGAGAUAGAAUCUACGGUUGAUGCUACGUCUGAAAGUCAAAAUACCAACGAUUUGAUUGAUAUAUCUCUAACAUUAUAUACUGAUCUUCACUUUCCAAGUCUGUCCCAAUAUAAAUACUCAAGUUUGCCUGAAAAGCGUAUUAGUGAAUUUACCAAUAAAUCAUUCAGCAAGAAAGUGAAGAAGCAGAUUUCAAAGGAAGAUUCUCCUAUAUUAAAAAAACUUAUUGAGAAAUUAACAUCAAUGAUACCUGAAAAUUCUGGAAAAGCAAUAGAAGUCAACAAAGACACCAAUAAUUUUUUGUAUCAUUAUAGCAAAAUUACGCAAACUGAAUCUAAAAGUAAGAUAGCAAAUAGGAAAGUCAUUGAAAGUUAUUUUAAUUUUGGUGAAGCUAUGAAAAGAUAUUUUGAUCAUUAUAAGAAUCUAAAACAUGGAGAUUGA